AUGGUAGUUCUGUGUUUCACUCUCACUCUGCUUGCGCAACUUGUUCUGCCUUCUCACACAUUCCAUAAUUCUAAUUCUUCUGAUCGAGAUGCUCUUUUGGCUUUCAAGAAUUCCCUUUCUCUUGACCCCUACAAUUCGUUGCAUGAAUGGUCUCCAAAUCAAAACUUCUGCAGUUGGGCUGGAGUGGGCUGCUCUUCUCGUCGACCGCGUGUGACUUCACUGAAUCUUACAGGUAUGGGAUUGGUUGGCCCCAUCUCUCCUAUUCUGGCGGAUCUCUCUUUCCUUAUAGUACUUGAUCUAUUCAAUAACAGCUUUCAGGGACAAAUCCCACCUCAGCUGGGAAGGCUUUUUCGCUUAAGAAGUCUCAGAUUGUCGUUUAACCAAUUGGGAGGUGUCAUUCCCUCCGCUUUAGCAGACUGUCCCUUAGAGAAACUGGGCUUGUCUUAUAAUAAAUUGGAAGGCUUGAUACCAUCAUCUCUAGGAGGCUGCCAUUCUUUGCAAAUUCUCAUUCUGUCCUCUAACAAUUUGAGUGGAAACAUUCCCUCCGAUCUUGGGCAUCUCCAAAAUUUAGAGAUUCUAUGGUUAGAUUCAAAUCAGCUUACAGGCAUAGUCCCACCUUUCUUUGGAAACAUGUCCUCUUUAAGUCAAUUGACUUUGGGAAACAAUAGACUCCAUGGCAGUAUUCCAGUUCAAUUGGGUAGGCUUGCUCGACUUCAAGUUCUUACUCUAAGGUUCAACAGCCUUACCGGGCCAAUUACCACUGUCCUUUCAAACUGCAGUAAUCUCCAAAUUUUACAGUUGUCUAGGAACAAAUUAGUAGGUCACAUCCCCUGGGAGUUCAGCAAACUAUCAAAUCUGCAAAAUCUGUAUUUAUGGGAAAACCAACUGAAUGGGGAGAUACCGAGUUCAAUUUCCAAUUGUACCCGUCUGCAAAUACUUGACUUAGACAGUAACCAGUUUAGUGGCACAGUGCCUUUGGAAUUUGGGAAAUUACUCCAGCUUCAGAAGCUUGUUUUGUGGGGAAAUCAUCUGGUGAGUGGAAGCAGCAGUUUGCCUAUUCUAACAGCCUUGACUAAUUGCUCCAGCUUAGAAGUUAUAGACUUUUCUCUUAAUAAUCUUACUGGAAUCAUGCCCUCCACAGUUGGCCUUCUCUCAACUAGUCUCCACUAUUUGGGACUGGCCUUGAAUGAACUGGAAGGAUACUUGGCGGAUGAGAUUGGCAACCUCACAAAGUUGGCAGAGCUGCAAUUAAGAGGAAACUAUUUCAGUGGGACAAUCCCAUCCACUCUGUCUAUACUUCCAAAUCUUGAAAGGUUGUACCUAAACAAUAACAAUUUACAAGGAUUAAUACCAACAACUUUGGGUCAGGCAAAAAGGUUUGGAUUGUUAGAACUGAGUGAUAACACGCUAUCAGGGCAAAUCCCAGAUAGUCUUGGUGAUAUUCCCCAAUUGAGAGUACUUCUUCUUCAUCACAAUCAAUUAUCAGGGAGAAUACCUGCUAGCUUAGGGAGAUGUGAAAUUCUGGAGCUGGUGGACUUAGCAUACAACAAACUAACGGGAAGUAUACCUCUUGAAGUUGCAGCUCUCUCAAAUCUCCAAUUUUAUUUCAAUGUAUCCAACAAUUUAUUAGAAGGUUCUAUUUUAGAAAUGAGUAAAAUGGUUAUGAUCCAAGCUAUAGAUGUAUCUCUCAACCACAUGUCAGGUGGCAUACCAAGCGCACUGGAAAGCUUCACAGCAUUGCAAUAUUUAAAUCUUUCUUGGAAUUCAUUUCAGGGCCCAAUUCCUGCAUCGCUGGCAAAUCUGCAAAUUCUUGAGACCAUGGAUCUUUCAUGCAAUAAUUUAUCGGGUACAAUACCCACGGCUUUUGGUGGGAUGAAAAUGCUCCAAGUUAUCAAUCUUUCUUUCAACAGAUUAACUGGAGAGGUGCCAAAGGGGGGCAUUUUUGCAACACUUGAAAGCUCUGAAAUCAUGGGAAAUAUUGGCCUUUGUGGGUCCUUAAUAAAUUUGCCACCAUGCUCUAGUUCCAAGCACAAACAGCUAUCCAGGUCCAUAAAGGUGAUAAUUCCUGUUGUGACUGCCGUUACAAUUUUAAUCAUGUCAUUUGCACUUAUAGCAUUAUCCUCUAGAUGGAGACGUGCAAGGCAUCCACCUACCAGCCAGAAUUCCCCUUCUCUAAAUGUAGGAAACCCCAGAAUUUCCUACAGUGAACUUGCAAAUUCUACAGGCGGGUUUUCUGAGGCAAAUCUUGUAGGAACUGGGGCUUUUGGAUCUGUUUACAGAGGUACUCUCAAAAAUGGCACAAAUGUUGCUGUUAAAGUUUUCAAUUUGCUGGAUGAAAAUGCUCAUGAAAGUUUUCACAGGGAAUGCAAUAUACUUAAAAAGAUUAGACAUCGCAAUGUGAUUAAAAUCAUUUCAGUUUGUUCGAAUCUUGAUUUCAAAGCUUUGAUUCUUCCAUUUAUGUCGAAUGGAAGUUUGGAGAGAUGGUUAUAUCCUCCUGAAAGGAGUGGAUGCAGAUUAAAUUUGCAUGAUCGGUUAAGAAUAAUAAUGGAGAUAGCAGAAGACUUUGGCAUUGCAAAAAUACUAUCGAGCAAAUCCUGGGAUCAUUUGACGUCCACAAAUGCACUGAAAGGGUCAUUUGGUUAUAUUGCACCAGAAUAUGGAAUGGGUCAAGAGAUUUCGACAAAUGGAGAUGUAUAUAGUUUUGGCAUUUUACUCUUGGAGUUGUUGAUAAGGAGGAGACCAGUUGAUGACAUGUUUACAGAAGAAGUCAAUCUACAAAAAUGGGUCCUUGUCACUCCUGAGUGUGAUUGUCCCCCCAUUGUAGAUGAACAGAGUGAUUAUAUGUUUGCAUUGGAGCUCCAAAGAAGUCUAGAAAGGAGGACUAGUGAGCACAUUCAAAAGAUGCUAGCAUUGCAUAUAUCUCCAUCCCCUCAACAUUCGAAGGCAGCUCAUGAUCUAUUUCCUGGUGCUGGUAGGAAAUUAGUAGACUAG